AUGUUGCUGGUGUCACUGCUGCUGAUGGCGAUGGACUGCUGCCUUGGAGCGCCAGCCGGGAGAGAGGUGUACAGGAUGCCUCAGAGUGCUCUGAAAGCUCUAUCGGACCGGGGUACUGUGGUUCUGGAGGCGGCGUUGACCAGUGCUCUGUCGGCUCUGGAGCUGGCGACGUCGGAGCGGAGUCAGGCCGAGGCAGUCUGUAGAGACUGUGUACCCUGUCUCUUUCAGGACUGCGGACAGCGCUCCGCACCCUGCUCCUCUCUGGAUGGCACAUUGGCUGAGCCCAGCUGUGACGUCAUUACCAAGGCUCAGAAAGUUCCAGAGGAGGGCGAGCGGAGCUGGGCGCUGAGCCAGGCAUGUGGGUAUUACCGCCGGCGGUGCCCGCCGGGCGAAAAGGGGAAGGAGGCUUGUGUGAGGAUCAUGGGCGAGAGCUGCAGUGCCCGCGUGCUCCAGUGUAGCCUCCUGAACACCAUGCAGAGCCUGGAGCCUGCCACACAGACACGCACACAAGGUGGCAGCAGUGUGUGGCCAGAGGCUCUCGGCGGUGCAGAACGUGACCCAGCCCCGCUCCCGUAUUGUGGGGGGUGUUCCCCGGCCCUCCCUGGCAGCUGGCCCUGGCUGGUCAACCUGCAGCUGGACGGAGGGCUGAUGUGUGGAGGGGUGCUGGUGGACAGCUCCUGGGUGGUGACCGCCGCUCACUGCUUCGCUGGCAGCCGCAGUGAUAGCUACUGGACGGCUGUGGUGGGAGAGUUUGACAUCACCAAGACCGACCCUGACGAGCAGGUGCUCAAGGUCAACCGCAUCAUCUCCCAUCCCAAGUUCAACCCCAAGACGUUUAACAACGACAUAGCGCUGGUGGAGCUGACAUCUCCGGUGGUCCUGUCGGACCACGUGACCCCUGUGUGUCUGCCAUCAGGUCUGGAACCGCCUACUGGCAGCCCCUGUCUGGUGGCCGGCUGGGGCUCCCUCUUCGAAGAUGGUCCUUCAGCUGACGUGGUGAUGGAGGCUAAGGUUCCUCUGCUGCCCCAGAGCACCUGCAAGAGCUCCCUGGGCAAGGAGCUGGUCACUAACACCAUGCUGUGUGCCGGGUACCUCUCUGGGGGCAUCGACUCCUGCCAGGGGGAUUCUGGAGGCCCUCUGAUCUACCAGGACCGUAUAUCAGGUCGCUUCCAGCUGCACGGCAUCACGUCCUGGGGAGACGGCUGUGGGGAAAAGGGCAAACCUGGGGUCUACACACGGGUCAGCGCCUUCUCCGAUUGGAUACUCGCUGAGAUACAGAUGUCCUUUGGGAGUCGGGAGCCGACGUGCCCUGAGUUGCUGAAGACAUCGGAGCUGUCGGAGGAGCAGCAGAGGUCGGAGUUCGUCUCUCUGUGUCGCUUCUACGCCCAGACCUGCCCCCCCAGCCAGGGGACCGCUGCCUGCAACCGCCUCGUAGAGGAGAAAUGUCGCAGUCGCUUCAAGAAGUGUCAGUUGCGUUCGUUCCUGCAGACCCUGCUGGACUUGCUCCAGAGAGCAGAGGACUAUAUCAGAGACAAGGUAGACCUGACCUUCUUCACCCAGACCCUGCCUCAACUGGUGGAACACAUCUACAGUACAGCCUUCACCGCCAAGGAGAGGGAGAGGAGGGAGAUCCCACAGGAAACAGAACAGGUAUGGGGUGCUGUCCGGUCAGGGUCAGAGGAAACUGGUCCUGGGUUGUUCCAGAAGGUAGGCCCCCUGGUGGCUGACUGGGAGAACUACCUCAGGGGCAUCGCUGUGGAGUUGGACACACAGACACAUGGCUCCAAACCCCUGAGCCAAGAAGAGAGCCUUUUCCUUCAGGCAGAGGACCCCUCUCUGCAUCAGCUAGAGGGGAAGUACCAGACCAUCAUCUCAGCCUUACACUCCAAACUGGACUCCAGACCUGCUCCUCCGAUCUUGCACCUGAAUACAGACCUCCUCCAGGAAAACUCUCCCAACAUUCAUGCUGUUCCCACUGAAGAGUCGCCCUCCUCAUUCCCCCUUCAAGGGUCAGAGUCGCUCACAGACCUCAUCAGUGAAAUCCGGAAAUUUGGGACACAGAAUGAAAUGGCGACAGAAGAUGCAGAAAUUAGUGUAACGUCGUUUGAAGAGGACACAUUUUCAGAUCCAACACCAGUCAGUUCAAUAGAGACUACUGAUUGGCUUAACGAAGCUGUGACCGAACAGACAACCUUACAGCGCCUGUUCCCGUCUCUGUCCACCAUCGGCAGCACCAUGUCUCCCAUAGCAACGACCUUUGAGUCCAGACAGACUCUACUUCCUGGUUCUCCCUCCCGCCAACUGUCCCUCGACCACCGGAGACGCAGGAGUCUCCGCAAGCGGCAGAUCCCUGGGGUUAAAGCUUGUCCAGGAGUAGCAGAGUCCACCCAGCAAGUGAGUGGUAUCAGAGACACAUACAAGUGGAUCCUGGGCAUCCCCACCAAGAACCUCCACAUGAACUUCCAGGAGUUGCUGGUGGACCUGAGCUCUAAGAACGAUCGGGGUCUGUACGAGGCUCGGGUCAGGGCGGUGGUGGGGGGUCGACCUCUGACCUUCUACAGCCUGGUGGGUCUGGAGAAUGAGUCCUUCUACCGUAGCAUGCCGCGCAUCAUUGCUCUGGCUCUGGACGCUCUCAAAACGUAAACGGUAUCAAGUUCAACACAACGAACACACGUCAAAGACUCAGUGGCUCAGCGAAGGUCUUAGUCAGCUUGUGGUGCCGGAGACCAGAGAGGGGGAACGAACCCCGUGGGACCUAUAAACUGGCGACUUCUCAUUCAGAUGGGAGGCGAGAGGACAGGCACUGGGCAUUCUAGGAGACCUAAACAUUAGGAAUGUAACAAUUCACCAAUGCACAUCAGGUCCGGUUCAAAUGCUUAAGAUGCUGAGUGCGUCCAUGUUAUUGGUGGGCGGGGAGCCCUAACUGAUCCAAAUGACGUAUGCAUCGGUCAGAAAACCCAUUUAAAAUGUUCCAAACUGACAGUUAACUGUUUUUUACUUUAUAUAGUGUUAUUCCGGGAAAGAAAACUGCUGCGUCCUCCUUUAAUUCAGUAGCCUAUCAGACCUUAUCACGUAUCUGCGUAUGAGUGUGAGAUGGCAACUGCGCGUACAGAGCUGGAGACAGCUGCUCGCGCCAACGAGAGGUUGCUCUAGUUGUUCUAAUGGGCUAUUCGUACAUCUGCAUUCAGAUGCUUGUAAUGGCUUUGACAAUGUCAUAUCAUAGGCUUUAUUAGUUGAGUGACAACUGAUGUCAUUUGGGUCAUUUCGGGUCAUUGUUACCAAAUGAGCUGUAGAAAGUGUUUUUUACUCGAGUUGUGUAGCCGACCGGAAUGGAUACAACUCGCAUCCAACUGUUGAUUUGGGGUUUUCAAUCAUUCACGUUUCAUUUAAUUGUUCAGGUUCACUAUAAGAAAUAGUUUUGGUAGUUUUGCUUUAAACAGUCAGUGUAUUUGGUCAUUUCAACAUGAACAGGGUAUGUUCAUUAAGGACAGAAAUAGGUUUUGGUAGUUUUGCUUUAAACAGCCAGUGUAUUUGGUCAUUUCAACAUGAACAGGGUAUGUUCAUUAAGGACAGAAAUAGGUUUUGGUAGUUUUGCUUUAAACAGUCAGUGUAUUUGGUCAUUUCAACAUGAACAGGGUAUGUUCAUUAAGGACAGAAAUAGGUUUUGGUAGUUUUGCUUUAAACAGUCAGUGUAUUUGGUCAUUUCAACAUGAACAGGGUAUGUUCAUUAAGGACAGAAAUAGGUUUUGGUAGUUUUGCUUUAAACAGUCAGUGUAUUUGGUCAUUUCAACAUGAACAGGGUAUGUUCAUUAAGGACAGAAAUAGGUUUUGGUAGUUUUGCUUUAAACAGUCAGUGUAUUUGGUCAUUUCAACAUGAACAGGGUAUGUUCAUUAAGGACAGAAAUAGGUUUUGGUAGUUUUGCUUUAAACAGUCAGUGUAUUUGGUCAUUUCAACAUGAACAGGGUAUGUUCAUUAAGGACAGAAAUAGGUUUUGGUAGUUUUGCUUUAAACAGUCAGUGUAUUUGGUCAUUUCAACAUGAACAGGGUAUGUUCACUAAGGACAGAAAUAGGUUUUGCCAGCUGCGCAUGGUUGCGUUGAUUCAUUGGUCGGAAUGGAGAAGGUCUCCAUAAAACUCCAAACGGUCUAAACCGUUCCCUUUUGAGACGGGGUAAAAUACAAAGCUGCAUUAUGGAAAUUGGCUAAAUGCCAUGCUAAUUUCUAAAAGAUAAAUAUUGACAUAGUACUAGCUGGAAACAUGUUUAAUCUGCAAAAAUGACAAGUCAAUCAGUGGGCGAUGGUGAUGUCAGAUAAAAGUGGUGGGAGAAAAAGCAUACAUUUCUCCACUCCUAAUCUGAUAGUGGGGUGGUAGAUGCUCAGUCUGCUCAGGUCUCUACACACCAUUGACACACACACACACUGAGGGCCACUCAGCUUAGAGAAGUAAUCUCAGACAGAUCCAGCACAGAGAGGCCCAGCUUCUGAGCUCCCAUCAGCAGCAGUUAGGAAUUAAAAAUGGAAAAUGAAUGUGUUCAAUGCAACAACAAAGAAGUGCAUUGAACCGCAUUGCAUCAAUUAGUUUCCCUAAUCAAACCAAAUCGCACCGACUCGUUUCAAAUUAAAAUGUAGCGUUCCUGUAUUGUACCAAUGUGUCCAAAUGCGUAUGAAAUUGGCCCGCGCAAAUGGACGCAAGUGCACGCGUGCACACACAACACACUGCGUGACUUUGCUGGCCCACGCUGAAGAACAGACAGGAGAGUGACAUUAUACAACAUGUCAACCCACCUGAGAGCCUGACCUCUGUACACACAGCCCUGAAUGUAUUGGACCAUCCUGCCUAGCAACCAUUCAUGGAGAUGAGUUUUUUUUUUUUUUUACAUGGCUGGCGUAACGCAGUGAGACAGCCAUAGAAAUAGAUAGAGAACUCAUUUUUGUACCUGUGCCAUUAAAAAGGUGGUAGCCCUCAAUGCCGAUGGCCAUGCUAAAACGGGUUAUAUCCAUGUAUCUAUCUCUAUGGACGCAACCCAUUCUAAUUUAUGAGCCUGUAUAAAUAAGUUAUUCAAAAUGUCUGUUUUUCUGCAAAAGGUUGAGCCUCUUGUGAAGCAAGCAGACUGUAGGCCCCUUCAUACUGUACAUUGGUGUAUUAUUUUUCAUUGCUAUAUUUAUUUGUAUAGAGAACUGCUUUGUAUUUUUCUAAUAAAAUAUCAGUAAAACUGUUA